AACAGCAGCUACUUCCCUGUGACUGGGUCCUGAUUAAGGUCCUCCUAAGAAAGACUUCAUUGGAUCCACGCUCAAGAGGACACUGCCAAGUUUUCCUGACCCCUCUACAUCGCUAUAAAGCACUAAGGCCUUAAGACUUGGGUACUUGUAUUACAACGGCAAGAGUGCCAGUACCCGCCAAAGACUCACUGGACUGUCAGCUUCUGUUUCACCAAACAGACGUAAUAACUUACCAGCAAAGCAGAGUAAGCCAAGUGCCUCUGCACAUACCACCAGCUGAUAACACACGAGAAAAAGUAACUUAGACUAGAACCCUGUCUUUUCUUAAGAAGCUGAGAUUUAAAGGAGCUCUUGUGACAUCUGUGCUGCUAGUAGUGACUGAUAACAGACUGGAUCAGUCCCUGAGUUUGGAGACUGGCUACAAGUGAGUGAAAAAUAGACAAAGAAAUCGUGAAGAAUUGCACGGAGGUGCAAGCCAAAUUUUAUCCUCUCCAAGUAAUGGUGGUUGGACUGAGAAAGUGCUAAACCGAAACUGUAAUAGGUCUGGUUACUUGGGUGUCUCUCUGUAUUAUCAUUGUUGCCUCUUACUGUUACAUUUGCUGUCUGUGUUGUCUCUCCAGAUCCCAAUGUUUUCAGAUAAUUCACAUUGCCCUGACUGUGGGCAGCAGUGGUUCCCUAGUUUAGAACUAGGCCAUUGGUUGUACCAAACUGAACUGGUUGAGAAUGAAUGUUACCAAGUGUUCUUAGACCGUAUUAACAGAGCUGAUUAUUGCCCUGAGUGUUACCCUGAUAAUCCUGCUAAUAGAAGCCUUGUUCUUCCUUGGUCUUUCCCACUUGAGUGGGCUCCUCAAAAUCUUACCAGGUGGACCUUUGAAAAAGCCUGCCACCCAUUUCUUCUGGGUCCUCCACUGGUUAGAAAAAGAAUACAUGACUCUAGAGUUGCUGGUUUUAACCCUGCACUACAGUUAAUCCUGACGAGGACAGACAAAACCUUAAACAAAAAACUUGGCCAAAGCAAGUAACUUCUUAAACAGUCAAGAUCAUGGAGACUCUAGAGGGUUUUGUACUAGUAGCCCAAGGAAGAUGGAAAAAUGACUCCUUUCUAAAUCUGAUCCAGACUGUCACUGCUUUGGGAAACUGCUUAAAUUGUUGGAUCUGCUUCCAGGGUCUAUACAUCUCUUGUUCAGCAUGAAUUUAAUUAUUAGUCCAAGCCAGACUGUUCCUCUGGAACCUGACUAAUCCAUAUUUCCUAUGUUUUGGAAUUAGCUUGCUCCUCCUAAAAAUCUCCACAGCCUAAUCAUUGACGUUAUUGUGACAAGGUAGUCCUGGAGGAGAAGCCUAUACUGUGUGUACUUUAAUUCUAGUAAUAACUUUUGUGGGAAAGCAUCCUUGUAGCUGAAUUCUAGAUUAUUCCAGUAAAACAAUUAGACAUUUAAUAAGGAUCUAUAUUCUCAAUUCCACCUCUUAUAUAUUAAUCAGUGAUAAUUAUAUAUAUAUAUAAGAUUUAUUCAUAUCUAACCAAAUGUUCAUCAUUGGCUCUAUUUGGUUUAUUCUCAGUGUGGCUUUGACCUUCCUCAUUAACUGGUCACUGUCAGAGAAACCACAUUCAAUCAGGCAAUACCUGUAUAGG